CAAAGACACCGCUGCCAUCGUGGUGUGAGUGGAAGACAAUUGUACUCGUGAGCGAUGUCGCGGUGUACCACUCAUCGAGGACCAUCGCACGACGAAGCGCGCGACGGUCUCUCCUAUUAGAUCAGUGCGCACUGUACCGACGAAAGUGAUAAUAAGUGUCGUCGUUCGCCAGCCGUCUCGGUCAGUCCGCGUGUACGGAGCGAGGCUUGAGUAGUCGGUACGGUACAGCGCCGCGUGAAGCGUGACAGUGUCGAAUCCUUCCCCUGGGGAAGAGGAAGAAGAAAAUUUACGAAGUCGCGGGCCGAAAUCUGUGAAAGGAAGCGCUCUUGCCAAUCGUAAACAUUGGCGUAAACGCCAAUUUGUCCCUCGUUGCGAAUCACCGGAUAUCAAGAUAUUUGUUCAGUCAACAUCGUCGUCAACUCUCCGACAAGUCUGUCUCUUCCCUCUGCGACAAGGAUCGUGAUGACGUGAGGCUCUAGCGGGGAAAUUCGGCGCGGAUCAACGACAGUACGACGUGCGGGGAUUCGUUUAUUAGCGGAGGAGAUCGUCGGGAAAAUCAUGAGCACUUCGCCGAUCACGAAUUCCGUCUCAAUGAUCGGGGACGACGCCCCCCGGUCGGCCGGCGAUGUGACCACCAAGGAGACGACUCUUUGCCGGAACGGCAUCUUGAAGAGCAUUAAUCAUGGAAAAGAGGUCAACGGAAGUAUGUCCGCAAAUGGCCCACGUGAGAUGGCUAUCAAUGGAAUGCUAAAAUGUAUGCAGGAAAUGAGGGAAGACGUUUUGGAGCAAGUAAAUGAUCGCAUCAACCACAUGAUGUCGGAACUAAGGCAGAGAAUAGAAAAGGAAGAGGAAGACCCAAGUAAGGAGAACAAGUACGACGAUAAAAGACAAUCUAACAAGGAGGGUGUGCUGCCAAAUAAGGUAUUCCUCCCGAGGAACUCGCUGCUCACCGAUCUUCUGGAGAUACCGCACAUCCAGACGGUUUACAACAUAUGCCUGAUGACUUUCAUACUUCUCUUUCUCGACACAAUAGCGCAUGAUCUCAUGGACACGGGCACGCUCUUCAUCGGGACUUACACAGUGCAGAAGGCCUUUGCCAAGUUCCCGACGUGCCUCUACAUCUGGUCGUUCAUGAAGAUCUCGACACUCGCUCUCUACGUGCCGUUCAACAUCUGGGCAUACCAGCGGCUCGAAUUCGUGCUGAAAUCUCUUUUUCAGAAAAUUUGGGAUUACGUCUGGCUGAUAACCUUCAUAUCUUAUCAAGUUCUCUUCGUCGUUCUCCCGAUCAAGGCACUGCUCAACGAGAAUCUCCCUGUAGCGUGCAGCGUAGCUCUAAUCAUGGAACAACUACGCUUGAUGAUGAAGAGUCACGCUUUCAUAAGGAGCGUAGGAGCCAAAUUUGUGUCGUAUAAACCACACACGGAAACCCCAAAACCGAGCAGUCCAGGCUUCUCGCAUUACUUGUAUUUUCUGUUCGCGCCGACACUGGUAUACAGCGACAGUUACCCCAGGACGAAAGUGGUCAGGUGGAAAGCGGUGUUCCGCAAUUUUAUCGAGGUCGGCAUGGUGAUCUUCUAUAUCGCCUUCAUCAUGGAACGUUUCGUGGCGCCGACCUUCCAUGUCUUCGGCACGAAACCCUUAAACUGGAGGUGGUACGUGAAGAAUAUCUUCGGAAUGAUGAUGCCCGGCAUACUCAUAUGUGUCUCCUCAUUCUAUUGCUUGCUGCACGCCUGGAUGAAUGCCUGGGCGGAAAUGCUGCGAUUUGCUGAUCGCUUGUUUUACAAAGACUGGUGGAAUUGCACGACUUACCGUGCGUACUACCGCACCUGGAACGUCGUGGUGCACGACUGGCUCUACACGUACGUCUACAAGGACAUGUACGAAAUCGUGUCGCCGCGCAACAAAGUCCUGGCUACCUACGCUGUCUUCUUCAUCUCCUCUGUUUUCCACGAGUACAUACUAGCCUUCACCUUCCGCUUCUUCUACCCGGUGAUGCUUAUCAUGUUCGGCGGCUUAGGCUUCGUGCUGAUCUUCAACAAGCGCUCCGCAAGCAACGUCUUCAUGUGGACGAGCCUCUGCAUAGGCAACGGCAUCAUGAUCGGCUUGUAUGGGAUCGAGUACUACGCCAGGAUAAACUGUCUACCUAAUGACGACAAGUACCUGGACCUGAUCCUGCCGCGCAGCUGGUCGUGCCGGCCAGUAUCCGGCGGGUAGAACGCGUAGAAACGACACGAGAAAACGAACAAUAAUUUAAAACUCUGUCGCCUAUCAAACAAUUAGAUUAAUUGCGUUCGAUCGCCCGUGCGCGAUCAAUAUCCGCGCGUACGCACGGACUCUUAUUGGGGUUUUAGUUGGUUAUCUUUGAUAAAUACAUAGAUAUAUAUACCGGCGGCGAUGGUUGUCGCGUCUCUCGAGGUUCGACGAGAAACUUGACGGAAGAGCGAAGAAAGAGACGAGAAAGAAAACGAAGGAUCGCGGGCGUUCGUUCAAUUCAACCACGCAUAUCGAUGCAGUACCUUCAAUUUACACGUCUGAUAAAGUGUAGAAAUAGCGUGCCGACGGCGACGACGACUACACGCGGUUCGGUGUUUCGUCGCGCGACGUUCGGACGAUCGAAGAGCACGCGAACGAAUUACAUAUCUAACGAUCAACGUUAUCGCGAGAUGAGGUCUCCGUUUCGGAUAAGUGGUCGAAGUGGUCGCUGAGGGACGAGGAGAGACCAUGGCACGUCGGGGGGGUGGAUUAUUUGUAAAAAGGGAUAGUCUUUAUUAUCGAAGCCUACGUACGCGCCUCCCGAGCGCGGCGACGAGGACGACGCGACGAAGAUACGAGUGUGUGCGCGCGUGUCGUUCCUCUCCCCGUAUCUCUUGUUAUGAUACAAAUUUAAUUUACUGUCUCUCGCAUAUCUCGAUAAUAUAUAUACACUCUUUGUUUUUUUUUUCAUUUUUCCUCUCUCUCUCUCUCUCUCUCUCUCUCUCUCUCUCUUAUGUAACCUGUACACACAUACACACGCACACUUUUUGCAUCUCUUCCCUCGUGCGCGAUCAGCCGGCGCGUAUAGCGUCUCCCUCCUUCGUUACGCAUUAAUUCAUAUAUAUUUACACUGGUACGUAAUAAUAAUGACAAAUUCUCGUGCGAAUCCGCGAGAAUUCAGCUGGAGACGAAAGGGGAAAGACAGAUACGUCCCGCGCCUGUGUAUCGUGUCCGAACACCUUUUACUCUUGUUAUAUGCGGUACAACGUUCACAUACGCACGGCUUUUGAUUCCCGUCCGCCGAUCGUUGCUGACACGACGAUAAUCUAUCUAUGACUCUACGUGUUACGUUUCCCCGGGGGGUACGCACACAUACAUACACACGCACGUACAACAGCGACACGCACGCAUACACCCAUCCGCAAAAAUAAUCUGUGUAAUAAUCGCGGAGCGCAACUGUCUCGCCUCCGGCUUGCUUGUUUUACAGCUCUCUUACCUCCUUUCUUCCUACUAGAUCAAAAAAUAGAGAGAAGGCGAUUGUGUGUUUAA